AUGGCAACAGGCAACACGCGCUUUGUGCGCUACAUUGCCAUUGCGCUUGUCUUCCUCGGCGUAUACUACUUCCUCUCGCACACCGACUACCAGAGCGUCGACAUUAGGCCCGGCGGCCUCAACACUGGCGACGUCAAAGUCGACAAUGGCGCCAUCUCCCCCGAGGCUCCUGUGCAACCGGGCCCCGAAUCGCCCGCCGAAGCCCCGAUCAAGGAGGCGCCUGCUGCGCCCCAGGUCCAAGAUACACCCGCAGAGCCUGCGCUGCUGGAGGACCAGUUUGGCGCGGAGCACCCUCUGGCCAUGAACCCUGGAGCUCCUGGCUGGAACAACCUCGAGGGCACCGACCCGGGCCCGCGCAUGAACGCCACCUUUGUCACGCUGGCCCGCAACAGCGACGUCUGGGAGAUUGCCAAGUCGAUUCGCCAAGUCGAGGACCGCUUCAACAAACGCUUCAACUACGACUGGGUCUUCCUCAACGACAAGCCCUUUGACGACACGUUCAAACAGGUGACGAGCUCCCUCGUGUCCGGAAAGACGCACUAUGGCGAGAUCCCCGAGGAGCACUGGUCCUUCCCCGAGUGGAUUGACCAGGAAAAGGCCAAGAAGGUGCGCGAGGACAUGAAGCAGCGCGGCGUCAUCUACGGCGACUCGGUCAGCUAUCGCCACAUGUGCCGCUACGAGUCCGGCUUCUUCUUCCGCCACCCCAUUAUGCUCAACUACGAGUACUACUGGCGCGUGGAGCCCAGCAUCGAGCUCUACUGCGACCUGCACUACGACCCUUUCCGCGUCAUGGUCGAGGAGAACAAGAAGUACAGCUUCGUACUCAGCCUCUACGAGUACCCAGAGACCAUCCCCACGCUCUGGGACAGCACCAAGAAAUUCAUGAAGAACCACCCGGAGCACAUUGCCGAGGGCAACUCGAUGAAGUUCCUGAGUGACGACGGCGGCGACACCUACAACCGCUGCCACUUCUGGUCCAACUUUGAGGUCGGCAGCCUCGACUGGCUGCGCAGCGACGCCUACAUUGACUUCUUCACCUCCCUCGACAAGGACGGCGGUUUCUUCUACGAGCGCUGGGGCGAUGCCCCCGUGCACUCGAUUGGCGCCGGCCUGCUCCUGCCCAAGGAGGAGAUCAAGUUCUUCAACGACAUUGCCUACUUUCACAACCCCUUCACGCACUGCCCUACCGGCGAGCAGACCCGUAUUGACCUCAAGUGCCACUGCGACCCCCAGAAGAACUUUGACUGGAAGGGCUACUCAUGCACCUCCCGUUACUUCGAGGCCAACGGUCUGGAGAAGCCCCAGGGCUGGGAGGAACAGAAGGGUUAA